AUGAAUGUCCGCAGGCCCAUUGAGACGUGGACGCCGGCAUCGGUACUAUCCGUGUCGUUCAACAGCGAUGCGAGCUGUUUCAGCAUCGGACUCGAAUCCGGCAUAUCCAACUUCAACGCGGGCAUAGGUCUGGUGCAGAUGAUGGGAACAUCAAACUACCUCGCCCUGGUGGGAGGCGGCAAGUCGCCCAAGUUUGCGACGAACAAGGCCGUGAUAUGGGAUGACCUGAAGGGCAAGGUGGCCUUGGAGAUCACGACCCUGACAGCCGUGCGGGGCAUCCAGCUGAGCCGUGAGCGCAUCGUGGUGGUGCUCCAGAACAGCGUGCGCGUCUACUCCUUCGGCAAGCCCCCGGACCUGCUUCACGUCUAUGAGACGGCCGACAACCACCAUGGCCUGUGCCGCCUGUCGGACAGGCAGGUCGUCUUCCCCGGCCGCACGGCCGGCCACGUCCAGAUCGUCGAGCUGAGCACGGGCAGCGUGAGCAUCAUCCCCGCCCACUCGUCGGCCCUGCGCGCCAUGCAGCUUAGCCCGGACGGCGAGCUGCUCGCCACCGCCAGCGAGACGGGCACCCUAGUCCGCAUCUACUCGACGGGCAACUGCGCCAAGGUCGCCGAGCUCCGCCGCGGCAUCGACCCGGCCUCCAUCUUCUCGCUCGCCUUCUCCCCCUCCAGCACCAUGCUCGCCUGCACCUCGGACAAGGCGACCCUGCACAUUUUCGACGUGCCGCAUCCGCGCAAGGCCAACGCUUUUCGCCGCGUGACCCCCGUCGGCGUCGGUGGCGGCGGACCUUCUUCGACGGCGGCUUCGGCCGCCUCGGACCCUUCUGCCGAUGGCAAGUGGGGGAUCCUGAGCAGGAUUCCCAUGAUGCCCCGCGUCUUCUCCGACGUCUACUCCUUCGCCACCGCGCCCUUUGAGGCUGGCGACGACUCGAUGAUUGGCGGUAUACCAUUCUCGGAGACCACGGUGCUGGGCACGUCCAGGCCGCCCAAGGGCGUCAUCGGUUGGAUAUCAGAUGACUCCCUCAUCGUCCUCGGCGCCGGCCAGGACGCUCGGUGGGAGAAGUACAUCAUUGUCGACGGGGACGACGGCAAGAGACACUGCAUCCGCGAGGGAUGGAAACGGUACCACGGUAACACUUAG